UGAGUGUUGUGCACCUUUCCAAUCCCCGUUUUUCUUUUCAUCAUCCAACCCGUGUGGUGUAUAUAUUGGCCUCCCCACGCCGGCUUGCCUGCUGUGUACGUCGGCUCCAUUUGCGUGCUUGUUAUCGGCUAGCUCUAAGAGGCAAAAGGCAGCUUGGUGUUGAAGACAGGAACGAGACUGCGACCUGCCCUCCCUCAACGUCGAGACGAGUCGCCACUUUAUUUUCCAUUUUUGUCAGCAGAGGAGAAAAAAGCAAAGCGGGACGGUCCUGCUGCAACCCCGCCGCGGCGCAACUCUGCUCUGGAUAAUAAAAAUUUCUCCCACUUGGGUGCCCCGCUCCGCAACCUGUUCCCUCUCUCCUCUUUACACUCGCCAAACCACCGAGAAACCAUUUUAGGAGCUGGUCGUCGAGCGACUACAAACCCGCCAAAAUGGUGAAUCACGAUUGACGAGAUCCGGGCGCUUAUGGACAAGCCUAGCAAUGUCCGUAACAUGUCCGUCAUCGCCCACGUCGACCACGGCAAGUCGACCCUCACCGAUUCCCUGCUGGCCAAGGCGGGUAUCAUCUCCACCGCGAAGGCAGGAGACCAGCGUGCGACCGACACGCGUGCAGACGAGCAGGAGCGCGGUAUCACCAUCAAGUCUACCGCCAUCUCUCUGUACGGUAACCUGCCCUCCGAGGACGACCUGAAGGACAUUGUUGGCCAGAAGGUUGACGGCAACAACUUCCUGAUCAACCUUAUCGACUCGCCCGGUCACGUUGAUUUCUCCUCCGAGGUUACCGCCGCUCUCCGUGUCACUGAUGGUGCCCUGGUGGUUGUCGACACUGUCGAGGGUGUCUGCGUGCAGACCGAGACCGUGCUGCGCCAGGCCCUUGGUGAACGCAUCAAGCCCGUCAUCAUCAUCAACAAGGUCGACCGUGCCCUGCUCGAGCUGCAGGUCGAGAAGGAGGACCUGUACCAGUCCUUCUCGCGUACCAUCGAGUCGGUCAACGUCAUCAUCUCCACCUACCUGGACAAGUCGCUGGGUGACCUCCAGGUUUACCCCGACAAGGGUACCGUUGCCUUCGGUUCCGGUCUGCACGGCUGGGCCUUCACCAUCCGCCAGUUCGCUGUCCGCUACGCCAAGAAGUUUGGUGUCGACCGCAACAAGAUGAUGGAGCGUCUUUGGGGCGACAACUACUUCAACCCCCACACCAAGAAGUGGACCAACAAGUCUACUCACGAGGGCAAGCAGCUUGAGCGUGCCUUUAACCAGUUCAUCCUGGACCCCAUUUUCCGCAUCUUCGCGGCCGUUAUGAACUUCAAGAAGGACGAGGUCGCCGCCCUUCUCGAGAAGCUCAACCUCAAGCUCGCCGUCGAGGACAAGGACAAGGAGGGCAAGCAGCUGCUCAAGGCUGUCAUGCGCACUUUCCUGCCCGCUGCCGACUCUCUGCUGGAGAUGAUGAUUCUCCACCUCCCCUCGCCCAUCACGGCCCAGAGGUACCGUGUCGAGUCCCUGUACGAGGGUCCCCCGGAUGACGAGGCUGCCAUUGCCAUCCGUGACUGCGACCCCAAGGGCCCCCUCAUGCUUUACGUCUCCAAGAUGGUGCCGACCUCAGACAAGGGCCGCUUCUACGCCUUCGGUCGUGUUUUCUCGGGUACCGUCCGCUCGGGCCUGAAGGUCCGCAUCCAGGGCCCCAACUACCAGCCCGGCAAGAAGGAGGACCUUUUCAUCAAGGCCGUCCAGCGUACCGUGCUCAUGAUGGGCGGCAAGGUCGAGCCCAUCGACGACAUGCCCGCCGGCAACAUUGUCGGCCUGGUCGGUAUCGACCAGUUCCUGCUCAAGUCGGGUACCCUGACCACCAGCGAGACUGCCCACAACCUCAAGGUCAUGAAGUUCUCCGUCUCGCCCGUCGUGCAGCAGGGUGUUCAGGUCAAGAAUGCCCAGGAUCUGCCCAAGCUGGUCGAGGGUCUGAAGCGCCUGUCCAAGUCGGACCCCUGCGUCCUGACCUUCACCUCGCCCUCGGGUGAGCACAUCGUUGCCGGUGCCGGUGAGCUGCAUCUGGAGAUUUGCCUGAAGGAUCUCGAGGAGGACCACGCCGGUGUGCCCCUCAUCAUCUCGGACCCUGUCGUCCAGUACCGUGAGACCGUCCAGGCCAAGUCGAGCAUGACUGCCCUGUCCAAGUCGCCCAACAAGCACAACCGUCUUUACAUGGUUGCUGAGCCCCUGGGCGAGGAGCUGGCCGGCCUGAUCGACGACGGCAAGAUCACCCCCCGUGACGACUUCAAGGCUCGUGCCCGUAUCCUGGCCGACGAGCACGGCUGGGAUGUCACCGAUGCUCGCAAGAUCUGGACUUUCGGCCCCGACACCAACGGCCCCAACCUGCUGGUCGACCAGACCAAGGCCGUGCAGUACCUCAACGAAAUCAAGGACUCCGUCGUCUCCGGUUUCCAGUGGGCCUCGCGCGAGGGUGUCAUCGCCGAGGAGCCCAUGCGCGGUAUCCGCUUCAACAUUCUCGAUGUUACCCUGCACGCCGAUGCCAUCCACCGUGGCGCCGGUCAGCUGAUGCCCACCACCCGCCGUGUCCUGUACGCCUCUGCCCUGCUGGCCGAGCCCGCCAUCCUGGAGCCCGUCUUCCUGGUCGAGAUCCAGGUCCCCGAGCAGGCCAUGGGUGGCUGCUACGGUGUCCUCACCCGCCGUCGUGGUCACGUCUUCGCCGAGGAGCAGCGCCCCGGCACUCCUCUCUUCACCAUCAAGGCUUACCUCCCCGUCCUCGAGUCUUUCGGCUUCAACGCCGAUUUGCGUGCCGGUACCUCUGGCCAGGCCUUCCCUCAGUCCGUUUUCGACCACUGGCAGGUCCUGCCCGGUGGCUCGCCUCUGGACUCCACCACCAAGACCGGACAGGUUGUCCAGGGCACCCGCAAGCGGAAGGGUCUCAAGCCCGAGGUUCCCGGUGUCGAGAACUACUACGACAAGCUAUAAACGGCUCUUGGUGGCGAUGGUUGACGACACUCUCGAUGCUCUCUACAGCCUCGCUCGUCGGAUAGCUCUAUUAUUGACCAUAUAUGGUCAAGGCCCUGCUUCUCUAUUGUGACGAGCGGAUGCGAAAAAAAGCACAUUCGACUUUAUGUCUCAGUGCGGGCCGCCAACCCGAUUGGAGGAUGGCGGGUGGAAUAUGAGCUAUGAAGCGCGGGCACGUCGGCACUGACGUUCACUAGAUACGGUCUGCUUGCCAUGUAGAAAUCUUUUAUUGCGUUUUGAUCACUUUGCCUGUUUCCG